UGUGUGCUUGUCGUGCUGGGAACAAUUAUUAUCUUUGUCGAGCAGAAGAAGAAACGCCUUUAUAAUUUUUCCAGACUCAAAUGGACGCCUGAUGCCAAUCAGGAAAUUGAAAGUGAUACCGAUUCUGGCGAGGAGGAGGAGGAGGUGCUGGAGUAACAAAGUCUAUGCUUCUAUUUUAACUAAAAUAGGCUUUAUCUUGAUUUACUCUCGAUUACUUGUGCAUACAGUCAUGUGGACGAUGAUCUAG